AUGGCGCGUACAAGCCGAUCGAGAAGUCCGAAUGCCCGUAACACGACCUUAGCCAUACGUACUCGAGAUCCCCUGAGACAAAACGACAUCACCACACCAGACGCACGUAAGUUCAUCUCAACCCAAGCCGACCGGUGCCCAUUUCCCGGCUACAGGAACAGCUCCCCUCACCAAAACUCCAGAGCUGAGAGUAAAACAGCCCCAUCAGUUGAAACAUUCCGCGAAGCAGGCGCAGCUAUCCGGGAGCGGUGGACACAGGAGCAGAGACGUCGAAUAGCCGAGAAUGAAGCAGCGUUGCGUCAGCUUACUGAGGUCGAGCAGAAAGUAGGUAGUCUUUCGAUCAAAACGCAUCUGCCGCGUGGAAAUGAUCUGACGGUUCCGGAACAGAUCGCCAUCAUCCACGGCGGAGGGACACCAGCGCAGCGCGCGAAUGUUCGCGGGACGCUCUUGGAGCGACAACGUCCGAACACUGUGGACAACAAGAGUCUCAUCCCGCCAGUCUCCUCGGCUCGCCCGGGCGUUUCACAAAAGAAGGACACAUCUCAAAUUCAAGCUGAGCAGACACAUAGCAUCCGGUACGAUGAUUUUUCCGAGCUUGAUGCUAGGUACGGAUCCCCGCCUAAAGCUAAGGCCUCCGAAACCCUGAAUCUGACGAUCAAAUCACCACCGAAGUCCCCUGCCGAAGCCUCCAGCGACAACGGUAAGGGCACAGGUCUCGCGCGCGGUAUCACCAAAGAACUCCUUUCACGAUACCGGAACACAGACUUCCUCAACACCAAUCCGCAAUGCACAGGUCCCUGCCCCCUCCAAUUUCCGCACAACCAGGGCGCGUAUUUGCAGCAGGGUCAGAUACCACGUGUGUGGAACGCGCGAUGGGGCUAUUCAGACCCGCCGAGGAGGAUCUGGGAGGCGUGGGUGAGGAUCGAGCAGGGACGGGGUAGGAGUUGGGAUCGGGUGGAAGUGGAUGGGUUUGCGCAGGCUCAUUGGUGGGCUGGACCGUAG